UGGAUUUGGAAUACUAUUACCGCCGCUGUCAAUUUGGAAUAACUCUCAUUACGCAUAAUGUUAUGUGUUUAUGUUCACUUUAAAUGGAAAAUUGCUCAUUUGCCUCUCCCCUCUCUCCCUCCCGUGGUCUCUCAGUAUCAGGGCCUGUCUAUCGUCACGGUGUAACGAUGCGAUCCAGCUGUCUGCUCCUGCUCUGCCUGCCCGUCCUCUUUGCACAGCAGUUUGCAGUGACUGAGGACUUUUACCCCAACCAACUCAUUCCCUUGGAGGAUUAUGGUCCUGAUUAUGAAUUUCCUGAGACCCCUGGGUUGGACACAUCACCACAGCAGCAGGUUCUUCUGAAACCGGAAAUCCGCCCCACUCCAGCCGCGACUGAAUUUCAGACUGAACCCACUGAGCCUGGACCCUUUGAUUGUCGGGAGGAGCAGUACCCCUGCACCAGACUCUAUUCUGUUCACAAGCCAUGUAGACAAUGCCUGAAGAGUCUGUGCUUCUACAGCUUACGCAGGGUGUACGUGGUGAACAAGGAGGUGUGUGUGCGGACAGUGUGUGCACACGAGGAGCUCCUCAGAGCGGACCUCUGCCGUGACCAGUUUGCUCGUUGCCCCUUCGCCGCGCUGACCGGCCAGUGUGUGACUCUAGGCAGAAGCUGUGGGAAGAGCUGUGGAGGCUGUUAGAGGCUGUUAGAGGCUGUUGGAGGCUGCUGGAGGCAGAGAGAGCUGUCCCCGAGGUACUCCCAGACCACCACCUUCAGGACCCACUCCCAUCCAGCCUCCCCAAGCCUGCUCCUCUUCUGACCCAGAGACCCCCCCACCAUCUCUCCAUCCUGUUCCUCCUUAUUCCACCCUCCUCUCAUAUCUAUACCAAAAUAUUUA